AUGGAUUAUAAUUUGAAAAAAUUUCUACUACGUUUACCAAAAGAAUCAAAUUUUGAAAUACAUGAAAAUAUUAGAAAACAAAUAAGAAAAGAAUUAUUUUUAUCUGUAACUAAUGGAAAAUAUUUAGAUUGGUUAUUUCCAGAUAUUCCAAAUUUAAUUGAUAAACUAGAGAAUGAAUUUAAUUGGAAAUAUUCGAAUUAUUCAAAAUCAUUGGCUAUAAAAAGAGGUGUUCAAGACACUCAUAGUCAUAAUGCUUUUCAUCCACAUCAACCAUGUUCAAGAAUUUUUCAUAAGGGUGAACCAAUUUUUAGAUGCUUAACUUGCUCGUAUGAUGAAACAUGUGCUUUGUGCUCCCAUUGUUACCAACCAUCUGAACAUGAUGGUCAUGAUGUUCAUAUAGGGAUUUGUCUAAGAGAAAAUGGAGGUGUUUGUGAUUGUGGUGAUCCAGAAGCUUGGGUAAGAGAUUUUAAAUGCCCUUAUGCAUUAAAUGAAUUAAAUUUUCAAGAUCAGAUACUACCGGAUGAAUUUUAUGAUUCAAUUUUGAAAACAAUAAGUGACGCCUUAGAUUUUAUUAUUGAUGUUAUGAUUCAUAGUGAUUUGCAAUUGGAUGACAUAGAAGAAAUGAAUGUUGAUACAGUUUUGAAAAAUACUAAAUAUAGUACUUUUAAUGCGCAUAAAUAUCAUGAUUGUGGAUUUGAAGAUAUUCAUAAUGAUAAAUAUUGUUUAAUUUUGUAUAAUGAUCAAAUAAGGCAUUAUAGAGAUGCAGUCCAAAGAGUUUACUUGGCAAGUAGGAAGUUCAAAGAUUUUGCGAUAAUGAUAACUGAUCAGGUUCAAAUAUUUGGUAAAGCUGAGGUUAUAAUUUCAGCUGAUAUUCCUUUAUUAUUGGAGAGACAAAGAUUACUUAGUUCGACGGGAUUAACGACAAGCAUACGAAGCACAAGAGAUGUUUUUCGAGAAGAAAUGUGUCAUGAGUUGAUAGUUUGGUUGAAUGAAUUCACCGAAAGUGAAUUUUUUAAAAUCAAUACGACAGUGAAGCAAUUAUUUGAUAGAGCUUUUUGUUCAAAAUGGAGAUGUGGCUUGCAGAACAAAGGUGAUUUUACUGAAAAAUAUUCAACUGGCCAUUUACAACCGAACUUAAGUAUACCCCAGAUAUCGACCAAACAUUAUGAUACUUUAUGGAUCGAUGAAUGUCAAGAGAAUAUACAUUGUGAUAAUUGUGGUCAAACUGAAGUGUCUGAGAUAGAUAUUCAUGGAUCUCGACUACAAUAUAUGAUCUUUUUGGACAUUAGAUUUUGGAAAGCAGCUAGAUCAUUGCUACAUGAUAUGUAUUCCACUUCUUUAAUUACAAGUUUGAAAUAUAAACAUAUAAUAUCAAGUCAAUAUAUUGAGAUCUAUGCCGUUGUUGCUGAUAUGUUUCUAUCAAUUGAUCGAGAACCAGAGUUAAACGUCAUGUCCAAACUUUCAACACAACUUUUUACCAGUCCUGGUAAUUCAAAAUCAAUUAUUCAUCAUGGUGACUUUAUAUCAAUUUUAGCAUCCGUCCACUCGUUUUUAACUAGUGAAAGAAUACAAUUCGAUGAUCAUUCAAUCCAUGAAAUUUCACUAAAAAGUUUGAAAAAUAGAAGAUGGGGUCAUUUGUUCUUCGAUAUUAGCUUUAUUAUAAGUAGAGGAAAAAAAUCUUAUGAUGUAUUGGAUAAAGAGAGCGUUGCAGCAAUUUGUGAUGUUUUAGAUUUAUUUCAAGGAAGACCUGCAAUGAGAAGAGAGAAAACAAAUCAUGUUGAAUACGAGAGUCCUGAUUAUUCGAGUUUUUUUCAAUCCAUACCAGUUAUAUAUAAAUUUGCCGAGAUGAGUGCAGAAACUGUGGACUAUACCGAGAUGGAUAUAUCAUACAAGCAAGAAAGAGCACUUUCAGCUAUUCAUUAUGUGAUAAAUUAUUUAAUAAAUUUGGAAACUCACUUAAUACCUGGAAUCAAUUAUGAAAAUACUGAUAUUCAAUUGAGUGGAGACUUUCUACAGGAUCCUAUUUCAAAACAAAUAAUAAAAAGUUCUAAAGUAUCUGAAGAUUCGGUAAGUUUCUUACACCCAACUCAUUCAUUUUUAAGUUGCUUAAUUGAAUAUGCCAAAUUCUCGAACCUUGAUAAAUUGAAAGCAAUAUUCAAGGAAAUUCAAGCACCAAAAUUCCCAGGAGUUAGCAUUGAAAGUUUAAUUUUUGAUUAUCCUAUUAAAACAAUCGUUUUGAUGUCCCAAAUCAAAGCUGGAUUUUGGGUUAGAAAUGGAUUUAAUGUUAAAUCACAACUACAUUUAUAUAAAAAUACAGGAUUGAGGGAUAAUGGUUACAUUAGAGAUUAUUUUUUCACUCAAAUUUUCAUGAGCAUUUGUGAUUCUGAUUUUGCUACAUUUUUGACAUUAGAUCGUUGGUCUUUAGGUUUAAAUUGGGAUUUACAUCUGGAAUCUAUUUACGAUGAGAAAACAUUACCAUACAUGAUUGAAGAGUGUGUGAAUUUUUUUAUAUAUGUCAUGACUGAAGAUCUACACCUCAAAGGAAUGACUGAAGCGGAAGUAACAAGAACGAAAGUCAAGAGGGAAAUUAUACACAAUUUGUGCUUUGGUCCAUUAAAUUAUAAAAAAUUAAGUUCACAAAUGCCUGAUAGAGUUAUAGCAGAUAAAAGAUUUGACAUAAUUUUGGGUGAGAUGACAACAUACAAGAAACCAACAGGAGCUAGUGAUUCAGGAAUUUUUCAAUUAAAGGAAAAGUAUUUGGAUGAAGUUGAUCCUUACUAUUUUAAUUACACAACCAACACUCGAGAUGAUGCUUUAAAACUAGUGAAAGACCGAAUCAAAAGGAAAACAGGCAAACCUUUGUCUGAAAUAGUAAUUCAUCCGAAACAAAUUGAUUCAAACAUUUUACCGAUAUAUAGAAAUAUUGGCAAUUUUUCAUCGUCGGUUCAUUUUGUAACAUUUAUUAUGAAAGCUUUGAUCUAUGUACAACUACACGAGUUACACCAACACGAAUGCUUACUUGAAACUACUUUACAUUUAAUACACAUAUGUUGUGGAGCUGGAGGAGCUAGCUUUUAUCAGCAAUUCAUGUCAUAUAAUUCAAACUUCAAAUUAUCUUUGAAUCAAUUACUAUUUAAUUUCUUAAAAGAUGAAAACUUCAAAAUUGGGCAUUGCAAGAUACGUGCCAUUUACGCUGAUAUGAGCAAAAUGCAUACAACCUUUGAAUCUGAUAUGAGACUGCAAAUAAAGGAUAUAGAUUUUGAUUUUAUAUCACUCAAUAGUUAUGAUUCAGCUUCAAAUGAUGAAUUAGCUAGAAAAAGACUUAUUGCUAAGAAAAAACAAGAACAGUUGAUGGCAAAAUUUAAGAAACAACAAACAAAGUUUUUGGAAAACAAUCAGAACGAAUCAACCGAAGGAAGCGACAUAGAGAUGGAAGAUUAUGAAUUAAAACAUGGAUGGAAGUUUCCCGAUGCUCAUUGCAUUUUAUGUCAGAAUGUGGGCGAGGAGUUGGGUCCUUUUGGAAUUAUAGCAUAUAUCAAUCAGUCAACAACAUUUCGUAAAGUUCCAUUUAAUGAUGAUUAUUGGUUUUUGAAAUCUUUUUCGGAUGCCGCGAAUUUGAAUAGUGGCUUUUCAAGCGAUUAUGAGUAUAAAACAAAAAAUUGGGAAUAUUUUAUGGACACUGUGAAAGAUGACUUUACAUUUGGUCCUGGUUUUAAAUCAGAUGGUUGUGUUGAAAGCAAGCUAGUUUCACUGAGUUGUGGACAUGGUAUGCAUUUCCAGUGCUACCUUAAUUAUAUGGAUAAUAAUCGACCUAGACAAAGUCAAAUCACUAGAAAUACUCCUGAGGGUUCAAAUCUGAAAGAUAUUUUAUGUCCACUAUGUAAAUCAGCUAGCAACAUUUUCAUUCCUAUUUUAAGCAAAUACAAUGAUAAAAGUUUAUCACAAUAUUUAACACCAUCAAAUAGCUCACCGUUCCAAGCUUUUUCAAUAAAUGAAGAAUUUUUAUCGAAAUUAAGUAAAUAUGCGUUGAUGGAGAGUUUACCAAAUUUUGACCAUAAGGAUUACGAUAAUGUUUUAAAUAAUUUCAAUCAAACUAUAACAUCGAUUACUUUUCCUCGAUUUUAUGAGCUGGACUCAUCAUACAUUUUAUCGAAUUCAAUCAAACUGUCAGAAAUAGCAUUGAGAGGUGUUUCAUCUCACGGGUUUCUAGUAAUUGAACAAUUGACAAAUAAUACUUUAAUAAAUUUGAGGACAUUGAAUGAGUUUAGAUUAGCUAAUUUGAGAUUGAAAUUCGAAUCACUGCAAGAGGAAGAUGCUCAAGCAAAGUUUUUGUCAUACAUUUUAUUGCUAACUGAUGAAGUAAAUAGCACAAUUUUAGAAGCUGAUUUUUUUGAGUUGCUUGUUGAGAUAAUUUCAUGCCCAUCUAUCAAUUUUUCAUUCAAUUCAAUUUUGAGACAAAUUUUCACAUGUCAUAUAAUACAAUGUUUAAAUAUCCUUGCAAAGGAAUUACGUCGUAAUUGGACUUUUACAGUACAAGAUAUUCCAAAAUUACAUGAUAUUAGCUCAAAUGUUUCAGUUGCGGCACGUGAAUGUUUGAAGAUGAUUGAUUCAGUUGAUAUUGAUGGCGGUAUCGCAUAUACCAUGUUGGUUAAAUCAAUUACACCAUUUUUGAGAAGAGCUGCUAUAUUUGCAUUUGUUCAAUGUGCAAAUACCGAAAAAGUCAAUGUUAAAGUACGUAAAUCAGAAUUAGAAGCAGAUGCCUUGUCUCGAUUUUUGAAUAUACCAACUGUUUCUGAUAUUUUACUUACAUUAUUGAAUUCCCAAUUGUUUUAUAAUUUUGUUCAUACAAGUAGCAAUAUUCCUCAUGUUGAAAAAGAGCUAGAAUACCCCGGAAUUAUAAGACUAAUAGACCUACCAGAUAGACUUGACCUAUUUUUUUCAAAAUAUUAUUACCUGGAUAGGUUCAACAAUCCUCAUCAAUUCAUCGAAGAUCCAGCAAUAUGUUUAUUUUGUGCACAAGUUGUGGAUUUACAAAAGCAAGCUAUUGGGUGUGAUGAUGGUCAGUGUACUACUCACUAUUUGAGAGAAUGUAAUAGCAACGUUGGGAUGUUUUUGCUACCUAAAGAUAGGACUAUACUUUUACUUAAUAAAAAUGGUGGUUCAUUUUAUAAUGCUCCGUUUUUAGACGAACAAGGAGCUUUAGCUGAUGAGAAUAAAAAGGGGAAAGCAUUACAUUUGAUGAAACCUAGGUAUGACGACUUUAUUAGAAACGUAUGGUUACAACAUGAUGUUUCUAAUUAUAUAGCCAGAACUUUGGAAUCUACUGCAGAUGCUGGAGGUUGGAAUAGUUUGUAA